CGAGCGCAGAGAGCGCGGAGGGAGGGAGGCGCGCGAGCGAGCGAGCACUCACUUGGAUCCCGAGCCCGGCGGCGAGCAAGCAUCUGCGGCCGCGCCCUUGUCCGAGUCGGAGCAUCCGCCCAGCCUGGUCCCGCCCGCGGGCGUCAGGGCUCCCGAGAAUGGAAGAUUCCCGGGAGACGUCGCCGUCCUCCAACAACUCCUCGGAAGAGCUCAGCUCUGCCCUGCAGCUGUCCAAGGGCAUGUCGAUCUUCCUCGACAUACUGAGGCGAGCAGACAAAAAUGAUGAUGGAAAAUUAUCCUUUGAAGAAUUCAAAGCAUAUUUUGCAGAUGGUGUUCUCAGUGGAGAAGAAUUACAUGAACUCUUCCAUACCAUUGAUACACAUAAUACUAACAAUCUUGACACAGAGGAACUAUGUGAAUAUUUUUCUCAGCACUUGGGCGAGUAUGAGAAUGUGCUAGCCGCGUUGGAAGACCUGAAUCUCUCCAUCCUGAAGGCAAUGGGAAAAACAAAGAAAGACUAUCAAGAAGCUUCCAAUUUGGAACAAUUCGUGACUCGAUUUCUGUUGAAGGAGACAUUGAAUCAGCUGCAGUCUCUCCAGAAUUCCCUGGAAUGUGCCAUGGAAACUACUGAGGAGCAAACACGUCAAGAAAGGCAAGGGCCAGCCAAGCCAGAAGUCCUGUCCAUUCAGUGGCCUGGCAAGCGAUCCAGCCGUCGAGUCCAGAGACACAACAGCUUCUCUCCGAACAGCCCUCAGUUUAAUGUCAGUGGUCCAGGCUUGCUAGAAGAAGACAACCAGUGGAUGACCCAGAUAAACAGACUCCAGAAAUUAAUUGAUAGACUGGAAAAGAAGGAUCUCAAACUGGAACCACUGGAAGAAGAAAUUAUUGAAGGGAAUACUAAAUCUCAUAUCAUGCUUGUGCAGCGUCAAAUGUCUGUGAUAGAAGAGGACUUGGAAGAAUUCCAGCUUGCUCUGAAACACUACGUGGAGAGCGCUUCAGCCCAGAGUGGAUGCUUGCGUAUUUCUAUACAGAAGCUUUCAAAUGAACCCCGCUACAUGAUUUAUGAGUUCUGGGAGAACAGUAGUGUGUGGAAUAGCCACCUUCAGACGAAUUACAGCAAGACAUUCCAAAGAAGUAAUGUGGAUUUCUUGGAAACUCCAGAACUCACAUCUACUAUGCUAGUUCCUGCUUCAUGGUGGGUCCUGAACAACAACUAGAUGUUCCUAGACAUUUUCUUUAUGGUUCCAAGUGAAAAACAAGUGUUACUAUUGAAAGUGCCAGAAAAUUUUGUUUGUUAAUCUACUGUAUACUUUUGUUUAAUAUAUUUAAGUGCACUCUUCAAAAGUGUAUUCUCAUCAAUCAUUCAUGUGAAUUUUAGCUCAAUUUUCAAAGUUCAGUAUUCUCAAUAUUUGAUGGUAAUUGCUUUGCUACAUUGUUACCCAACCUAAAGUCAUCUAGUGACAAAAUCCUAAUAUGUGAAAAAAGUAUACAUAGAAAAAAGUUGUGAAAAGAAAUUGUAAAGAAAAAACUUAUAAAACAUUACUUUUAGAACUUUUAGAAUAUUGCUUCAUAGGGCAGAUUUUGUAGUUUGUUAUAUACUAUAAAGGGUUACCAUCAAUGUUUAGCCAUUUUUUUUUAGUAACACUUUCUUGAGUGAGGUUUAUUCUUCAAUAGUUAUCUACUCUAUUCCCAACACAUGAUCCUAUGACUAUUCUCUUUACAUUAUUUAAAAAUUUAAUAGGUUGGCAUAAAACAACCUUGGCUGGAACCUAUAGAAUCUCUAUCCCUGUAUCAGAUUAUAAACUAGUUUUUCAUGAGUGUAUGAUUCUGUGACAAGUUAGGGAAUCAAUUAGUAAUAUAACACUAUAGUGUCAUUUAUUAGCUUCAUAAUUCCCUGAAUGUAAGUUAAACAUUAUCAAGCACAGAGGAGAGUUUUACUUUGGCAAAAUCUGGCUCAAAUUUUAUGGCAUAUAGUUAAUUUUUCUUAUGAAAAAUAGAUAUUUACAUUUGAAUCAGUAUUUCAAAAUACAGUGCUUUAAAAAUAAAAAUUUAACUCAAAUGAAUAAAAAGGAAAUAUAAAACAAGCACAAAACUUCAGGGCAGAAGUUUCCACACUGAAACUAUGAACCUUACAUUGUCUUCUCUACAAAAGCUCAGAAAUUAAAUCUUUUUAGUAAAAAUCUCCUAUUCUGGUUAUAAAUCCUGCUUAUAAAAAUACAACACAACUAGAAAUGUGUUACCAAAUAUUAUUCUUAGUCCAAAUUCCUUGAAAUCCUGGGUCUUCAAGGAAAGAAGCUAUAAGGUAAAUUUUCCUAUUUUUUCAUUGUUGGAAAAUACAGGAGAAAAGUGAGUUAAAAUUUUAUUUCAUAAAUAUAAAAUAUGACCUAGAACACGCACAUGCAUGAGUGCAUGCAUGUGUGGGUGUGUGGGGGGGUGUUUGUGUGUGUGUGUGUGUGUGUGUGUGUGUGUGUCCAUCUGUCUCUGGUCAUUUUUUUUUUUUUCUAGUCAGUUUUAAAGAUGACAAGCACUAGGAAACACCACCUGGCUCAACUCUUUUAAUAAAUAUACAAAGCAGAGAACAACAUUAAUGGAGAUGUACAAUGAUUAUUCAAACAAGUUAUACAUAUGUACAAAGGCAAUAAUAAAACAGUCUUUGUGCUCUUACUCUGAUUAUACGUAGUAAGAAAGGAUCAAGACUUUGAAAUUUAAGGGACUUCUGGCAUACAAAUGCUUCUUGAAAAUGUUUGUUUUAAAUAGUUUCAAAAAUACAAAUUAUAACAAAUCAAAUAAUAACAUUGCUUUGGUUGGUCCAUUUCAGUAUCCAACUCAAAAAGCAUAUAACGUCUUUUGGGUAUAAGGCAGUUUCCAAAAUAACUUGGUAGUAUGACUGAAAAAGAAUUCUGCCUGAUAACAGUGCUAAGUGGAAAGGCUCUCUAGAUUGCAAAUUGGAAUGCAUUCUACCAGCUUUUUAAAACUAGAAUGUAAAAGACUUGAGAAUAGGCAAACAAUAAAGCAAACCAAUUUAAUUGUAUGGUAAUUCUGACCCCAGUUUUUAGAAGUAUAUUUUUGUAUGCUUGUCAGUGUGUGAAUGUGUGUAUGUGUGUGUGUGCAUGGUAUGUGUGUUCACAUACAUUAUAUAUUGGACCUAUAGUAUAGAAGGAAUAUAGUAGGGCAAAACACAAAUUAAAAAACUGGGCCCUAAGAAUAAAUAUCUCAUUUAAAAGUAAGCAAUAUAUUUAUGGUUAAUAAAAGGCCUUUUGUUCCUAUUUAAACAACAAUCCUUUUUCUGGGGAACAAAGUAAUGAAAAAAAGCAUACUGAAAGAGCAAGAUGGACCUAUGGACUAAAAGUUGAAUCUGGAUGACAAGCCCAAAAACCACUAAAGAAAAAGGUUCUGGUUUUAGGAGUUCACAUUUCAGAGAAAAAUAAAACUUACUGCCAAAUGAUGGCCUUAAACAUCAAUAGAUCCAGGGAUCUGAAAGAACAGGAGUAAAGAAAGUUUAUACUUACCUUUAUAUCAGCAAAUUUUUUGACACUAUGCUGGGAGAAACUUUAUUUUUUUAUAACAGUAACAUCCAGAGUGGAAAAACUGCAGAAGGUUUAUUGUAUAAAAUUUCUAGGAAUUAAAAGUUUAAACCCCCAAAUUCUGUAUCCAUAUAUGUUAUUAUAAGAAAUUAUAGAAUUGAAACUUAAUGCACCUCAAUUAUUUUCAAAUGCCUAAAUUUUUCCUCAUUUGGAAAUAAAAGUAUGAGUUUUAUUUUGUAUUGCUCAACUUCCACUGUUCAUAUGGUCAAAACAGUAGCAGUUAUUUUUCAACUUCAGUUUCAUUCACUACCACUGUUUUCGACUGUCAAUCUCUGCUAGUAAUUAUGAAUCUAAGACAAUGUUAUUAUAAAAAACCUAGACAUCAAUCAUAUUUGAAAAGAAAUGUCUAUUAAAAAAUUCUCCCUCCUGACAUUGACAACUAUGUAUUGCCAACACCAAAUCAUUCUAGGCCUUUGGAGAGAAUGUAAUGAUCUGUUCAAGCGCUGGUAGGAAAUCAGUGCAAAACAGAACAAAAGCAACUUUAAAAGCAACAAGAAAUUAUGUACCAUAUAUACAUCGUAGCAAAUACUUUAUAUUUGAGAAUCUUUACAGCUUACAUUUCCAUUCCAUUAUUACAAGUGAUGAAAAACAAAAAAUUGCAAGUAGCAUGCAAAUUAUAAACAGUCUUCCCACUUCACUAACCAAAUUCCUACUUUCCAGUGUUACUUCCCAAUUUUUGCAGGAAACUUCCUGCAAAGCUGAAACUGAUUAGAAAAUUCUUUAUAGAUUAAAAUAUCUCUUUUUCAUUUUAGGAGAAGCCAAAUAGCCAACCAUCAAAAUUAAAAAUAAAUUGAAUUGUCACAGUCCAUUACAGUUAUUGUUACUAGAUCCACUUCAUUUUCAGGUGUCCAAAAUAUAAAACGAAUAAUUCUUUAUCUUCAUAUUCAUCUGUUCUUAAAAUGCUACUUAAAACUUUGGUUGUUUUCCUGUAACAAAAAGAAAGAAUUAAAUCAUCAACUACAUUAACUUAAUAGUUUUUACAAAUUAGUUUAUCAAACCAAAUACUGUGAAUCCACUUAUGUGUUUACAGCUCUAAAUGCAUGUUACUAUUGAAACUAGUAAGGUAACCAGAAUUGUCAAAUAAAAAAAAAGUCUGUUUCACUAAACUUAUGUAAUUCAUUUUUAAAUAUAUUAAACUGUAUUCCAAGUCUGUUGUUGGGUUUCUGUAGUUGCUAGUUUUAUAAAUGUUAUUAAUGCAUAAUGAAAAGUAAACUUUAUUCUAAUGUAUGUUUGUUCAUAAGAAAAUGUAAGUCAAACUUUUAUUUAUAAAAUAAAAGUGUUAUUAAAUUGGAAA